AUGAUGUGCGGAAUGCAUGUGUCUGAAAGAUGACGCGUUUACGUCUUAAAACGACAGCUUUAAGGAUCCCGACUGCUUAUUCUGUUAUUCAGCUUAUUCCCACAUGGCGAUCAUUUCACUGCAGAUAACAGCACUGUACCACCUCCUGUCUUUAUGCAUUUAAACACUACCAAACUCUUUAUUCUAGAAAUUAUGAUAAGAUUUAAAAACUAUAAUCCACAUAUAUAUCAUGCAUGUAUGUAAAGGGUAUUCUCAUGGGUUCAGGGUAAAGCAGGUAGACCUGACUUGUUAGACAGCCCUCUGAAGACAGUCUAUGGAACUGCAUGUUCUUUUCUCCUUCUCUUCCUAUGAGGAAGUGAAAGAAAUGCUCAUACAGUUUAGGGUCGGUGUGUUUGGUGAACGUCGCCAUUUCAGUAUGUCAGAGUUCAGUAACACAGCAGGCGCUUCGCCAUGAGCUCAUGUGCUUUGAGGCUCCACAAACAGCUGUACUGAACAUCUCAAGUGCCAGUUUAGCUUUAAUUCUCACCAUCCUGACCUAGGAUACAUGGACCUGCUCAGCUGCCCUGUGCUUACUUUGGUUCAUCAUGACUGUCUGGAGUCCUGGAAGCUGAUUGGCUCUGGUGGAUUUGGAGAGAUCCAUAGGGCUAAGCAUAAAACAUGGGGGAUGGACGUUGCCAUAAAGUUAUUACAUUAUAAUGAUGGCACCGACUCGUGUCUCCUCCGAGAGGCAGACUUGAUGCGUCACGGUGGGAACCCCAACGUGUUGAGAAUUUUGGGUGUUUACCAAAGUCAACCAAAAGGAGAGAGGUCUGCCAUUCAGAUGGGUUUAGUCAUGGAAUACAUGGAGAGAGGAUCUCUGGCGGACCUCCAGGUGGCUUUGACUGGACCCCCGCCCUGGCCGCUUACCUUCCGCAUUAUUAACCAGAUUGCCCUGGGAAUGAACUUCCUCCACCAGUUGACUCCACCUCUUCUGCACCUGGACCUGAAACCCAGCAAUGUGCUACUGGAUGACAGUCUCAAUGCCAAGCUCACAGAUUUUGGUCUAGCCAAAAUAGCUAAAAGUACUUCCAAAGUGAUUGAGGAGAAAGAUGAGGAUGCAGCUGGGACCACAAGCUACAUGCCCCCAGAAGCAUUUCGGUCCUCUCGAUACGUCCCUACCUUUUCCUCUGAUAUUUACAGCUACGGCAUCCUGUUGUGGUCAGUUAUCACUGGAAAGCAGCCAUACAGCAUUAACGUCUCUAGUUUGGUGCGGUUUCGUGUCCUCGAAGGUGACAGGCCUGAUCUGAAGUAUCUAGACAGAAGCCAGGCAGAUGGACUCGUUGACCUAACUGAUCUGAUGAUGCGCUGUUGGGAGUCUGAUCCCAACAAAAGACCCACAUUCAUGGGUUGUAUUGAGGUGACAAAGAAAGUGUACGAGUUGCACAAACAACGUGUGCCUGAUGCUGUCCACAGCAUUCUGAAACAGCUGGACAAUAAAGACAAAAACAGUUCCAGUUUUGCAUCACUCUGUACCACCACUCAAACAAAGAAUGUACAACUGAAAGAACACACUGAUCCUACUGUGAAGACUCAGGCAACUCCCACACAGGAAAUGGGUCCUAUCCCUACAGCCAAAGGAGCAGGAAUGUAUUGUAACCCAGCUGCAAGAGCUCCACCCACCAAUUGUAGGCCCCAAAAUAUGCAGCGGCAAUACUCAAUUCCAAGCACUGUGAGCAUCUGCUUAUCCAAUGUCACAGGAGUGCAGAUUGGCAACAACAACAACAUGCAUGUGAAUAUACGAGGAGCCCGACAGCGUCAGAGACACCCAACAGCACCCUCAGCCACACGUCAACCUUCCAAAUGUCAGCAGAACCCUCCCAAUAUCAAACCCUAAGAUUGUCUGCUGGGUUAUUUUUCAGCUGUUUCAUCCAGUGUUUUAGUAUAUUGCACAGAGGUGAAGCCCAAUGGAAUCUAGCAAGUCCUUGGUUCAGAAUGCAACAGAAAUUGUUCUCAAAUAAUUGUAGAUCCUAAUUCUAUUUUCUACUUUCCACCUAUUGCUUGUUCUUUAACUCGGUUUCUUUUUACUCAGAAUCCUUUGGUCUAUCUAAUGUAAAAGUGCAUGAUGCAAAAGGUUAAGUACAUGGAUGUUCCAUGUUCUGUUCUCCAUUAUAUUUUUAUGGUUUAUAUUUCCAUGGGAUGAGACAUCCAGGGUUUGUUCCUGCCUAGUGCCUUGCCUUGGGCUAAGUUCUGGUUCCACUGCAACCCUGACUGAACUGUUUUAUUGUACUAUGAUACUGCUGCUAAGGUACUGUGAAAAUUGCCACCUUUCUCUGUUUCAGAGAUUCACAAUCUCCAUCAGAAUAUAUUCUAAUCUAA